AUGGCGAUCCAGAACACGGCCAGCGCAGCCCUGGCUGUCCCGCACCAAGAGCAGCAACCCCUGGAAGGGCAGGCAGACAGCCAGCAGCGCCAACAGACGCCGACAGCGGCGGCGGCAGUGCCCGAGCCGCCGCUGCCGUCCCUGCCGCAAUCCAGGCAGCCUGGUGUGACUGUGCGCCGCUACUGUGCAGAGCGGGAUCACGUCGACGUGGCGCACAUCUGCCGAAACGUCUACGGUGGCACCGACGAGCUGCCCGCCACCAUCAACGCCGCCGCGGCAGAGCCGGGCACCCACAUCCUGGUGGCAUGUUCCGGCGGCCAGGGGGCUCCCCUGGAUGCACUCCUGUGCUGCCAGCAGCGCGGCGAUGUGCUGUGGCUGUGGGGCGCGCGCACGCGGGAGGAGCGGCGGGGAGCCGGCCUGGCGCAGCUGCUGCUGGAGGAGGCCGAGGCACUGGCACGCAGCCUGCCCGGGGUGGCGUCCCUGCUGUCGGUGACAGUCCCCGCCAACGACACCAUGCUCAGGCUGUUUGCACGCUGCGGCUUCAGGCAGCAGUGCGAGGUCGUCAGCUGGCCGGCGACAGACGUGUGCGUCGCCGCCCACCGGCAGCUGCAGGAGCCUAGGCAGCAGCAGGGUGGAGGCGGCAGCUUGCAGGUGCCGGAGAAGCAGGCGGGCAGCCCACAGCAGGCAACCAUGCUUUCCAUCCUGCCGAAGACGGCAGCUGUAGUGGACAACGCCGCGGCCCGCCAGCUGCUGCCGCACUGGCGACGCUGCCUCUCGCCACACCACCUUACAGCCGUGCUACUGCUGCUCCGGCAGCAGCGCACACGCAGCCAGGUUGCCCAGCUGGCGGCGGCGCGGCCGCGGGGGCAGCAGCGCCCAGAGGCGGGAGCGGCGAACAGUGCAGCAGAGGCAGCUCAGGCGGUUGCGCCGCUGGCUGCCGACUCUGCGGUCUUUGCCUGGCUACCAGCAGAGUAUGAGGUGGUGCCUGCCAUGCACCCAACCGUCCAGCAGCUCAUUGCGGAUGGCGGGGUGUGGCUGCUGGAGACAGCCACGCCACAGGGCACCUCCGAUCGCAGCCUGCAAGAGCGGGCAGAGGACGGCGGCGGCGCAGCCGAGCGGCCAGGGCCGGCGGCGGUGCUGGUGUUGUGGGGUGCCGGCUUCCGGGGCGUGCGCCAUGCGGGCGUCGUGGCGGGCAGUGCAGCAGCCCUGGACUCGGCGCUGCUGUGUGCAGCUGCUGCCGACCCGGCCUGCUGCAGGUUUUACGUCGACUGCUGCAGCCAGUUUGAGCAUGAACGGCUGUGGAGCAGCACAGGCGGCCAGCGAUACGACAUCCUGCCUCAUUACAAGCCGCUCUGA